AGAGAGAGAGAGAGAGAGAGAGAAUGGGCACUGAUUCGCACUUAAAAAAAUAUCACAUAAAAAAAGAUCACAAAAAAUAUAUGUUUAAAGAAGAAAGAUUUGUUUGUUUUGUGAUAGGGAUCGCCAUUGCAUGUCUGGUUUUCAACGUGGUUCCUUCACUUUCUUAUUCCCCGCCGCUAAAAGAGACAGUCACAACCAUCGAUCAGCCUAUUACGACCGUUAGCCGACGUUUUGCCUAUGAAUUUGAGGGCGGAUUUAGUCACCUCAGUGUGGGUUCCAGGAUUCCUUUAGGAUUGAAAACCAAAAGCCUAAGGAUUUUGGUGACAGGUGGGGCCGGUUUUGUAGGGAGCCAUUUGGUGGACCGUCUUAUAGCCCGUGGAGACAGUGUGAUUGUGGUUGAUAACUUUUUCACGGGCCAAAAGGAGAAUCUACUGCACCAUUAUAGGAACCCAAGGUUCGAGAUCAUACGUCACGAUGUUGUUGAGCCAAUUUUGCUUGAGGUCGAUCAAAUCUACCACUUGGCUUGCCCUGCCUCCCCUGUACAUUACAAGUACAACCCCAUCAAGACAAUCACAAGACGAAUGUGAUGGGAACAUUGAACAUGUUGGGCUUAGCUAAGAGAAUAGGUGCGCGUUUUUUGCUCACAAGCACGAGUGAAGUGUACGGUGAUCCCUUAGAGCAUCCACAAUCUGAGACUUAUUGGGGCAAUGUAAAUCCAAUUGGUGUUCGGAGUUGUUAUGAUGAGGGAAAGCGAACGGCUGAGACCUUGACCAUGGAUUACCACAGAGGACUUAACCUUGAGGUACGGAUUGCGAGAAUAUUCAACACCUAUGGACCGAGGAUGUGCAUUGAUGACGGGCGUGUUGUCAGCAAUUUUGUUGCUCAGGCCUUAAGGAAAGAGCCAUUGACUGUUUAUGGUGAUGGAAAGCAAACUAGGAGCUUCCAAUACGUUUCUGAUCUGGUUGAAGGUUUAAUGCGAUUAAUGGAAGGUGACCAUGUGGGCCCCUUCAAUCUUGGGAACCCUGGAGAAUUUACCAUGCUUGAACUUGCCCAGGUAGUGCAAGACACGAUAGAUCCGAACGCAAAUAUAGAGUUCAGACCAAACACGGAAGACGACCCUCAUAAGAGGAAACCAGACAUUUCAAAGGCCAAGAAGCUUCUCGGGUGGCAGCCGACUGUUUCGUUGAGGGAAGGGCUCCCAAAGAUGGUCACCGAUUUUAGACAACGUAUUUUUGGUGGCCAAAAGGAUCAGACGGGUGCAUCCAGUGAAUAA